UUAGGGUUGUUCGUAAUCGUUCGGAAAAUAAGUCCACGUGGGUGUAGUGAACUAUAUGAUCAUAAAUAGCAUUCCUAAAAGAAUUUUCCUCAUAAAGAGGAGCAAUGUUAUUGAAAAAAUACCUGCUCGUCCGUUUAUUCUAGAAAUUAGAAUAUUUACUUAUAUUCUUUAAAAGUUGCGGAUUCCCGGAGGCCGAAAUAUUGAUUAAACAAUUGUUGACAAGUGUGCAGAACCAGUUCUAACGCCUGAUAGAGCAUUCCGAAUAUAGACAUAGGUGAAUUAUUUAAAAAAAAGGAUAAAAAUGCCGCCAAAGAAGAAAGGAGGUUCGAAAAUGGCUCGAAUGAGUGAAGAUGAGAAGAUGCGCUAUCUCGCCCACCGAGCCGAAAUUGAACUUGAGGCAAAGCGACGAAAACAACAAUUGAUAGCAAUAUUUACAAAAAAUAAAUUAAAACGAGAAGAGACAUUCGCUCGCCUCAACACCGCUAAAAUCAACGAACAAUGGCGGUUUAUUCUCCGCCAAGUAAAAUGCAAGGAAUUGUACGAGGAUCUCGAGUAUUUGUGGAAAAAUUUUGAUGAUACUUUAAAGUCGAAAAACGCUAUAAUUAGAAAGCUAUACGGCGAACUGGAGAAGGCUGACACUGACCAUCGGCGGCUCCAGGAGGCGCAUAUAGAGACGAUGAACAUGCUGAUUCAGAGACAUCAAAUUGGCCUGCAAGAUCUCAAAGAUGACUACCUUAGAAAUAUCAAAGUAGUCGAGACCGAGGAGAUUGAUGAGAUGAAUCAGGUGAAAAGAGAAUUGAAUGCGGAUUACAAGCAUUUGGAGACUGUGAUGUUCGCGCAGAACAAUUUGAUAGAGGAUAGACUUGGUGUGACCAAGAUGAGGAAUGCAGUCAACACGUUCUCUGUUGAACAUUCGACAGCAGAAGCAAUCUCCCAUAUAAAAUGCACAAUAGGAGGUAAGGCCGACGAGCUAUGGUGUCAAUUGAACCGAGUGAUAUCGAAUUACCAAUCGGUGACUCAGAAGAAACGGAAACAGUAUGAAAGCCUAAAAUUCCUUGAUGAUGCUCACCACCACGAGGCCUCCCAAUUCUCCAAACGUCAGUCGUUUCUUCUGGGGAUGAUGGAGACUCUGAAAACUGCGGGGACAAGAUUAUCUGAGGAGCGAAAUCAUACAAUUAACGAAAUGACGGCUCAAUCAGAGAAUUUAAACACAAGAUUUUUGCAAUUGAGACAGGAAAUUAGAAAGAACCAGGCGACGGACCAGGCACAGCUGAAGAAGCUAACAGUGAUGAGUGGAUCUGUGAUAGAAGACAUAAAGAAGAUUGAGGAGAAAAGCUUGACGAUUCUCUUCCUCAUGAAGAUUUGUUCCUCGUUGGAGAAUAAAAUUCUUUGUCUGAAAAAAAUCAAUUUUGUGAAAGUAACUGAGGAAAAUGCUUUGAAUGGUGUCAUGAGCCCUUACGAUAAUUUGGAUAAUUUCUGGGAACAGUAUAAUUACACAAAAGCUGAGAUGAUUACAAUGAAGAUGGAGAAAAAUGAAUUGAUGACCGAGAAUCAGAGAUUCAGGAGAUCUUUGAAAGCUCAUUUAGUUACCAUUGCGAGAAUGCCAAGAUCUAGACCACAAACAUCGGUCUAA